GCUACUGUUGCUGUUGUUACUGCUGUGACAUGUUACUGAGGCCGUGAGACUGUUGACUAAUUACAUAUGCAGGUUAAGUGCAUGCAUAGGUAUGUACUAUGUAUCUCCACUUUCAUCCAUCAUCCAUCCACGAUCGGCCGAUUAACGAUUUACCUACACGAUUGAUUGAGCUUCCCUUCCCUUCUCUUCCAUUACCUUGCGAUACGAUACGAUACAACCAGGAUACGGACGAGACGAAACGAGAAGACAAGACAAGACAAGACAAUUAGAUAUUCGGAAAUCGACAUAUCGCAAUCAUGCCGCAGGAUAUGCCCCCCGUCGGGGGCUACGGCCCUGUGCAGUACAAGCGCAACCUACCUGCUCCGGGAUUCCGCCCCGCUACGCUCCUCUUCGGCAUGGGCGCCGUCAUGGUCUUCGGCUUCUGGAAGCUGGGACAGGGUAUCCGAGAGCAGAAUGAGCUCGCCCGCGAAAAGAUGUGGUCCCGCAUCCACCUGAUCCCCCUCCUGCAGGCCGAGGAAGACCGCGAUCUGGUCAGGAGACACCUGGCGGAUCAGGCGCGCGAGAAGGAGCUGCUGGGCGAGAACAUGAAGGUGUAUAACUCGGAUAAAUACGUAAGACCGACAUACGCUAUUACCCCGGGCAGGAUUACGAAAUAGAGAAAGGAUGGGAUCUGUCAAUAUACAUACAUUAGUAACCUACCCGUAGCAAAAGAAAGUCAAAAGGGGAAGGAUAGAGUUAAGAGUGAAGCAAAGAAGGGCAGAGCAGAGCAGAGCAGAGAGCACGCGCUGGUUUUCGAGUGGAAGAGCUCCCCGAGCCAGAGGCAGAGACAGGCAGAGGCAGAGAUGGGCGUGGCUUUUGUGUGUGCCUACCUACCUACCUACCUACAUAUAUUUAUUGCCUAGGCUAGGUAUGUAGGUAUGUACAUAGUUGCUCAAUAAACAGUAAACAGUAAACAGUAAAGAAGACCAACAUUACCUACCAACCUAUAUAUAUAUAUAAGUCUACAGAGAACACGGGGAGGCUGUGAGGUAUAAACCUGCCUAACCUACCUAGGUUAGGU